CAGUGUGGCUUGAACGUCAGGAUUUUGCUUAUUUUCUCGUCGUGUGGAUCAACUAACAUCUUUCAGGUCUUUGUAGAGUGUCCUUGGUUUCAUUGGCAUUGCUCCCUGGCUAAAGCUGGUCCAGGCGUUAAAAGUAUUUAGAGAAAGAAAGUUUAGACGGACUGACAUGGGUAGAUGAUGGUACAUGUACAUGGGUAUAGCAUCACUUUCGCCCAGUGCCUUUCCUUUUUUCAAUCACAUUGAUGCUGUGAACAUUUCACUUUGAUCAAGAGAAGAUUCUCAUGGCUCAAGCCGACGUUGUGAAAUCGCUGAAAGCCGUCACUCAAGCCAUAUCUCAGCUCAAAGCCACACCGACAGCAGACGGACGACUUCUUCAGCUGGCAAUAGAGAGAAUCGAUUCUCUUGUGGAAGUCACAUCUGGUCCAGUGUCUGCACCAACAUCACUGCGACAAAGUGGCAGGGUCAGCAGCUUGUCAUGCCUGUCGCGAUCCUCCCUUCCAGCUCUGGACUGUCUCUCAGCUGUCGUGACGGUGUUGACUGAUCCGGUGUCUCCCCCCAACCUGCUUCAAGCAUGCUUGCAGUUGCUCUAUGCUCUGUCGUCUUCGCAGGAGAUGCGAGCUGUUCUGCAGACCACCCUGCAGAUCACACCUAUUCUCACUAAUCUCCUGCAGCAGAGCAACGAUGACACUCACCUGCACCUCAUCUGCAUGAAGACAGUACAAGCGGUAACGUACAAUGCUGUAUUUACGGCCAACGACGGCUAUGUAGAACAACUGGUUCGCUCAAUCAUUCCUUUCAUAUUGAGUCCCAGCUCUGACAGGACAGUGCCGGCUCUUGCCAUUCUCGCCAAUGUCACACGCAAGAGCGUGUCAGUACAAGCUUAUGUCAAGUCACUGCCCAACUGUCGCGCUGUGCUCAGGACACUCAUCUCUUGUUUGUCACAUUCCAAUGUUUCCAUUAUCGUAUGCUCACUGGCUCCUCUUGCUAGUAUUUGUCUUCAUGAAGAGCUUGGUGAAAAACUCUUCAACAGCAAGAAUGUAGACCAGUCCUUUCAGCUGAUAUUUGGCCUAUUGACGGAUGACACCGGCCCAAUGGUCAUUCGCUACGCUGUGGAUCUGCUGUGUGAUUUACUCACUGCUCCUCGUAUUGCUCAAGCUCUCGUCAAUUAUAGCAACUUACGAGAAUCACUUGUCCGUGUUGUUGGUCGCCUUGGCCUUGGAUCAGCAGAAAUCACCUGUAAGCUGUUGGAACUGCUGUGCGCAUUGUGCACCCAAGCUGGUCUGGAUAGUGUUCGACGCGGCUUAGUGCAGCUGUUGCUAUCACCAGCAAGUAGCACAGCUGCCACUGUAACUACAGCAACAGCAGCAGGCGCAGCUCAGCAGUACCCGUUCUUGAUGCUACUGCAGUGCGCUGCCAGUGAUGAUGACCACCAGCUGGCAAUGCAAGCGUGGCAGCUCGUUGAGCAGGUUGUCAAGACGUGUGAAGAGGAAGAGGCUGUAGUGUCUCGGCUACUGCCCCACUUCACCUACAUGAUACAGGCGGUAUGCUCGCCUCUAGCACACCUAGUCAACAUACAGAUGUGGAACACCGCUGAUGCCGACUGUCUUCUCUCUCAGAAGUGUUUGGAGGCCACUAUCGUCCUUCAGCUUCUUCUUCGUCUUGUGCAAGAGGAGCAGUUUUCAUCACAGAUCGUGCAGCAUGUUACACCAGACCUGUGCAGUCACUUACUGGAGCAGCAGCUUAGUAACAAUCCUGGUAUGUUUGCUGGUCAUGCUGCUACGGCUAGUGCUGGUGCCGGAGCUGCUGUUGCUGAUACACACUCUGCAUCGGCGACAAACACAACAACGGCAGCGACUGAUCAUUGGAGUAUCACUGGCGUUCAAGUUGCUCUAUUGACGCUACAGCUUAUGUCUCAUGUCAACAAGCACAGUACUCAAAUUGAGGUUCAGUUACAGCGGGCGCUACAAGAUGUGCGGCUACUGCCCUUCCUGGCGUCAUCUCUGAAGAGUGAGAAGAAGGCGCAUGUGCAGCGUGCACUGUGUAUGCUACUAGCAGCAUGCAAACAAGCCGAUCAUGACGAUCUAUCACGAUUGGCUGAUGUUGUGGCUAAUUUGAACUGCACUACUCGUCAACGUCAUGGUAGCAGUGGUAGUGUUCAUUCACAUCAUGCUACCACCGCUUCCACACCAGCGAUGACAUCAUCAUCCAGUGGGAUGACGUCAACGGUGCCGUCAUUCCCGUUUGAUCGGCAUUGUGUUGCUCCGGGAGCCAGGGCCAGCUUUGACCAACCCGUGAUGUCGCCGCCCUCAUCUCAGAGUCAGUCUGGCGAAGUGCAAGCGUUGAUAGAGCGUAUGCAGAGUGGCCUGGACCUGAAGGAUAUCCGUGCACAUGAAAUCAUGGAAAUCUACGAACAUGAAUUGGCCACUCGAAGUACAAAAGAAACUCAUCUACAAGAUCUACUCGAGGCCAAGACAAUGGCAUUGUCACAGGCUGAUCGUCUCAUUGCACAAUACCGAUGUCGUCGUGCCCAAUCCGAAUCAGAGUGUACAAAGCUACGCGCCUUGUUACAAGAGUGUGAGAAGCGAUCUGCCAAUCAGCAGUUGGAGCUUCAAGACUUGCUAGCAACUCAAAACAAUUUGAAAGAGGAGAUUGGUCAGCUGAGUCAAUCUAGAGUUCAACUAGAGCGGCUAACGGAAGAGCACAGUCACUUACGCAGUACCUAUGAUGAACAGAAGCAUAAACUAGAGGGUACAAUGCGCAGUUUGGCAGCAGCACAGGAAGAGCAGUCCUCGUUGUCAGAUCUACUCGACAUGCAGCGGAAACACUGUGACAAGCUCAAAGCUCAGUUUGAAAGCUCCAACAAUCAAUUGGAGUCUCUUGAGAGGCAGCAUCAACAGGUUUUGCAGCAACUUUCUGACAAGGAGAUGCAAUGCAAUGAACUCCAGCACAACCUCUCGCGCACUGAGAAGUUGUUGGCUGGUCGUGAGCAAGACUGUGGCCAGUUGCAGAAAGAGCUGCACAGUUUGCGUGCCGACCUGCACCGUGCUGAAGAAGCCAAGCAACAGCUUGCCAGACAGGUGGCAGCUUUGGAGGAGGACAGUUCUCACGUGAAGCGUCGCCUAGAAUCAGCUGACAAGGAGCUGGACAAACACCGGAAACUGCGAGAAAUGAUCCACAGUCUGAGUGGCGGCAUCAAUGCUUUGCAGCAGUCAUGAUUUUUAAAUAAAUGUUUGCUGCAUGGCUGUAUGUUCAGCAGCAGCAUAUUCGAAUUCCAUGCUGUUGUAGAGGGCUAUGCAAACCUCAUGUUCUUGCCGCCUCGUCAUUAGAGAUUCCUUGGUCUACGUACAUUGCUGAGAGUCAACCCUGUUUUUGGCACCAGUCCUGGAUUGGCCAUGUCUGUACACGGACUGCCUUCUGCCACUAUGGUUCGAUCAGUUCAUGAUGGAAUGGCAGUAGAAUGGCUAACUGCAUAACACUCACAACAAGAGCUCUUUCGCGAGUAUUUUCUUCUCUGUGUCUUGCUCCGAUUAACUGUGUAACGUUGACAUUCAAGGGUGCUGCUUUUCCUAUGCAUCCAAUUGCAACCCUGCCUCUGCUACUGCGCCUUUCCUGCCCUAUGCAUGCCCUGUGCAUGUGUUGGUGUUCCGGCCUUGUACCUGUGUAUAAGCAUCAUGCCGGUGAUAGGGGGUAGUGACAUGACCCGCCGCCUCAAGAUUACCUGCUACCACAGUAGGUUCAAAUCAGAUUUUGCCAGCACACUGGUUUGUCGAAUCACCUCGUCCAUUAUUUGAAGUAUAACACUUGCUGAAAACUAAGGCUGCCUGACGUUGCUGAACCUCAAAUCUUUCUUACUAAUAUCCCGCCUGUAAAUGCUACCGCUUCAAGAUACUUGUAAUUAUAUUUUUACUUCAUGGCAUUCUAAAAUGCACAUCGGCACAAAAUGAAUAAAAGUAUCUACAUGUACUUUCAAGUACCAUCAAUCAUAACGUUAUUCACCAGUUUGCUGCACAUGUACUUUGGUGUGGAUGUUAGCCAUGGAAUGAAACUUUAUCGUUGUAUUGUGAUUUGUAAAAUACCGGUAUAUCCUGAAAGAUCAA